AUGGAGUUGAGGGCGAAAUACUUCAAAGGGAAAAAGCUCCAUGGAGAAAUUGACAUUAAAGUAGAACAGGCUGAAUUCUCUGACCUCAAUCUUGUGGCUCACGCCAAUGGUGGGUUCUCUGUGGACAUGGAAGUUCUUCGGAAUGGGGUGAAGGUUAUGAGGUCUCUGAAGCCGGACUUUGUGCUGAUUCGUCAGCAUGCCUUCAGCAUGGCAAGGAAUGGAGACCACCGCAGUUUGGUCAUUGGGCUGCAGUAUGCUGGAAUCCCCAGUGUUAACUCUUUGCAUUCUGUCUACAACUUCUGUGACAAGCCCUGGGUGUUUGCCCAGAUGGUUCGACUGCACAAGAAACUGGGGACAGAGGAAUUCCCUCUAAUCGAUCAGACCUUCUACCCCAAUCACAAAGAGAUGCUCAGCAGCACAACAUACCCUGUGGUUGUGAAGAUGGGGCAUGCACACUCCGGGAUGGGCAAGGUCAAGGUGGAAAACCAGCAUGACUUCCAGGACAUCGCAAGCGUCGUGGCCCUGACCAAGACGUAUGCCACUGCUGAGCCCUUCAUUGACGCCAAAUAUGAUGUGCGCGUCCAGAAGAUUGGGCAGAACUACAAGGCCUACAUGAGGACAUCAGUGUCAGGAAACUGGAAGACCAACACUGGCUCGGCCAUGCUCGAGCAGAUCGCCAUGUCUGACAGGUACAAGCUGUGGGUGGAUACAUGCUCAGAGAUUUUUGGGGGACUGGACAUCUGCGCAGUGGAAGCGCUGCAUGGCAAGGACGGAAGGGAUCACAUCAUUGAGGUGGUGGGCUCCUCCAUGCCGCUCAUUGGUGACCACCAGGACGAAGACAAGCAGCUCAUCGUAGAGCUCGUGGUCAAUAAGAUGGCCCAGGCCCUGCCCCGGCAGCGGGAUGUCUCCCCUGGCAGAGGUUCCCACAGCCAGACUCUGUCCCCAGGGGCCCUGCCCUUGGGCCGCCAGACCUCCCAGCAGCCCUCGGGCCCCCCGGCUCAGCAACGCCCCCCGCCACAGGGUGGCCCUCCACAGCCGGGCCCAGGCCCCCAACGCCAGGGACCUCCGUUGCAGCAGCGCCCGCCCCCACAGGGCCAGCAGCACCUUUCAGGCCUUGGACCCCCAGCUGGCAGCCCCCUGCCCCAGCGCCUACCAAGUCCCACAUCAGCAUCGCAGCAGCCUAUGUCCCAGGCUCCACCACUGACCCAGGGUCAAGGCCGCCAAUCCCGGCCAGUGGCAGGAGGACCUGGGGCCCCUCCAGUAGCCCGCCCGCCUGCCUCCCCAUCUCCCCAGCGCCAGGCAGGCCCCCCACAGGCUACCCGUCAGACAUCCGUCUCUGGUCAGGGGCCACCAAAGGCUGUGCCCCCACCUGCCACGGCUGCUGCCGGGGGACCCCCGCACCCCCAGCUCAACAAAUCCCAGUCUCUGACCAAUGCCUUCAACCUUCCAGAGCCAGCCCCGCCCAGGCCCAGCCUUAGCCAGGACGAGGUGAAAGCUGAGACCAUCCGCAGCCUGAGGAAGUCUUUCGCCAGCCUCUUCUCCGACUGACACCCCACCCUGAGAACCCCCAAUAUCCCUGGGUAACCCCUCUCUGGGCCCUGAAUCCACUUCUCACUUUUGGAAUCUCCAACUCCCUUGAGAAGCCCUCUCCUGGUUCACCAAGAUCCUUCUUCUCACUCCUCAGAAUGCCCACGUCCCUAAGGAAACCUCACUUCUGGUCCUAAACCUAUUUCUCAUGUUUGGAAUUCCCAAGUUCUUGGGAAGCCCAUUCCUGGUCACCUCCAAAUUCCUGAGGACCUCCACUCCCAAAGUAUGGUUUCCUUUCCAGAAGUUCCCGAACACCAGGCAACCCAUUCUGGCCCUACAUCACAGAGUCCCCUCCUGGGGUCCUGAAAUUCCUUGAAAACCAUACUCCUGGUCUGAGAUCGCUCAAGCACACUUAGUUCCCCACCAAAAUUUCCCAAAUCCUUAAGAAACCCCUACCUUUGAGCUCUCUUUCACGGAUCUCCCAUUUCUGGAGACCCACCUCUUCCAAUGCCACCACCCAGUCCCAUAAGGAUUUCCCUUCACCUCCUCUCCCAACUCUAUUCAAUACAUUGGGAGCUCCUCCCUCUGGUAGGACCCCUCAGUUCCCCAGGGACCUCUGCCCCACUUUCCUGCCUCUGACAGCUCUCUCUAAAUAUGCAAACUCCACCCAUCCUCCCAGAAUCCUUUGCACAUGAAAGGCCAGUGGUCCCCCACUUCCCCACCUUUGCUGUGAUGUCUGUGUCUGUGACUGACGUGGCCUCCUCUCGUGGUGUGCUUGGCAUAUGUGGUCCUCGUUCAUCGUGCCGCCUGUGGUGAUGCGUGCAGUGGCGCUGUUUGUGUGGUCUGCACCUUCCCCCAACCUCCACUCCUUGCCUGGACUCACCCCCACCCCUCAGCGGCUCUGAACCCCACGAGAAGAGUCGGGAAGCAAAAUAAACAAGCAAAGGCCCA